UACGCCUCUAGUGCGCGUUGGUCCGUCGUGUUGUAUCGACGUGUGUUCAGCGCUUUUAAGUUGUUCGUAAUAUCGUGGUAAAUAGUGUUGUGUGACAUGGUGGUGCCCAUAGGAACAUGCUAGGUCAUGUCUCGAAGGAAACAGAGCAACCCUAAGCCGUUGAAACGUGAGGACGAGGAAUGGGGAAACGAGACCGAGGCGAUGCCGGCAGAACCUCAUACGCCAAGUUCUGGAGGCGAGCGCGUCGCCUCCAGCGGUGCUGCAUCCCCAGACUCUGGGAGCUCUCCGGCGCCCUCCCCACCCAGACUGCGCCUUAACACAAACCUCGCUACGGAUCCUGCGCUCGCGCCUCAAGCGACCACGCUCAAGCACGAGCCUCCGUCACCUUCACCGCCACCGCCAUCCGUGCAGCAAGCCAGAGAUUUCAUUGCGCUCACCGCGGCAAACUUCCCUGCCUUAUUUCCCGCUGCAAUCCCCACACCCCCCGGAUACAAAUGUAUGCCGUGCGGAAUACGAUAUUCCUCGUUAAGCACACUUCAAGCACAUCAAGAGCAUUAUUGCUCUAAAAGACCAUCUAAACCAGAUAACAAUGAUUCGUCAAACGAGCAAACGGCUGACAGUGAAUCUGGUGACAGCAAGACAAAUCGGCCAGUGGGCAAACAAUAUGCUUGCACCUACUGCUCUUAUAGCGCUGAUAAGAAGGUCAGCUUAAAUCGUCAUAUGCGAAUGCAUUCAUCGUCACCUGUAAGUACUAGCACACCGGUGCCAACACCUACCUCGAACGGUCAAACUACAGAAGGUUCGCCGGCGCAAGACAGAUAUUGUGUGGACUGUGACAUUCACUUUACCUCUGUUAAAACUUUUCGAGCCCACAAAGAACAUUAUUGCAAUACUAGACAAGUUGUGAAGCAAGCGGUCCUGGCAGCUGCUAGAACAGGGUCAGCUACAUCAGGCUCUGCACCUCCUUCUCCCGGGACUACUCCACCUGCGCAAAAUCAAUAUGCCCUAGCAUUACCAACUAACCCAAUAUUAAUUGUACCGUAUUCCCUAUUACGAAGCGCUAGCACGUUGCCAGGUGCGACAUUACCGGAUCCUGAUACUCCAUGUUUCUUAUUACCGAAUGGUACAUUUCAACCAAUAAACCGACAUAUACCAAAUAUGAAUGCUGAUAUUAAAGAGCCAGAAGUUUUAAAAUCUGCAAAUAGACCUCGUGAGGCGUCUAGAGAUGCCGCAACUCCAUUAGAUCUGACCGUUAGACGCACACCUGAAUCGGUGACCACUGAUGACCAUGAGAAGGAAAAUAGAAUACGUUCCACAACACCGGAACAGAUUGUAUGUGCUCCAUCUCUUCCCGCUUCACCCGCCACGCCCUCACCUUCCAGGCUUUCUUCCUCUCCAAGUGGUGAAAGUUCACCAAAACGAAGGCGAAGAAAUUCAAGGGAUCCUACACCGAAACCUCUCAGGUUACCAUCUCCUCCAGAGGAAAAAUUCAGCCCCGUUAUGCCACCUCAAAUAAUCCCAUCCUUGCCUUUAAGACUUCCAACAGACUUGCCAAUCACAACCGCAUCACCUCAAGUGCUAGUCAAACAGGGAGUAUCGAAAUGCAAAGAAUGCAAUAUUGUCUUUUGCAAAUAUGAGAACUAUCGCAUUCAUAAAAGGCAUUACUGUUCAGCUGGAGGAGAGGAACGCGCAAGUCCAGCGCCUCCGGAACCCGGGCCUCCUCCUCAAUAUCGACAACUGAUCUGCCUUGCGUGUGGCAUACAUUUCAGCUCGAUGGAUAACUUAACUACGCAUCAAUUGUACUACUGUACAAAAAGAGAGACUCGAUCCCCAAGAAGUGUACCCGAGGCGCCAAGACCUCCGUCAGGUUCUGAAGGAGGAUGGAAAUGCCCAUGUUGCGAGGUGGUUUCACCGACUGCAGCGGCCGCACAAAGGCACAUGGAAGCUCACGCUGGCGUCAAAGCUUUCCGUUGUACAAUUUGUCGAUAUAGAGGAAACACGCUGCGGGGCAUGCGAACACACAUUCGUAUGCAUUUCCGAGAGAAGCCGUCUGACUUACAGGAGGAGAGCUUUAUUUCGUGUGUUCUGGAAGAUGACACCCGCGAGACUACCUCGCCCAGCCCUGGAGUGGGGGAACGCAUACAUCGCUGCGGAAGCUGUGCAUACACAUCCACCUAUCGCGGAAAUGUAGUUCGCCACGCCAGGCUGGUCCACGCUACUGAAGAUCCAGAACCGGAAGAAACCACACCAAUCCCGCCAGCCGAUAUUAAAAAGGAACCGGAAAUCGAUGAAGACACUCCCAACUAUUGUAAAUCCUGCAAUAUAUCUUUCAAAUACGUGAACACUUAUAAAGCACAUAAGCAAUUUUAUUGCAAAGCCGCAACACAGGAUGCAACAUCGAAUAAUAAUGUUCCCGCGUGCGUUGCUGAUGCUCCUGUUGUAUAGAUUGCCAUAUUAAAGAAUAUCAUUGUCUAAAUACAAAAGUGCGCCUUUUUACUAGUCUAUUAUAGAAUGACAUUUCAAUGGCGCUAGCGGUACUUCCAUAGACGUAAGAAAUAUUAUUGACAUAUUAUACUAAUACUAUCCUAAUUUAAAAUUAGUAAUUUCCCUAAAUUCCAUUCCACUUACCUGUUCUUGUUACAACAUAUCUUAAAAUAAUUCAAAUUAUCUCAAAGUCAUUAAAAUAACGUAUUUAAUAUUGACGAUAAAGCUUUGCUUUUUAUAAUUAUUGGAUACAUAAAUAUUAAGUGCAAUAUAAAUCGAUUAUAAUCAUAUCAAUCAAUACUUCAUUCGACGUAGACUGAAGGGUGACGUGAAAUCUCGUUGUAAAUAUUUCUGUUUUGUAAUUGUUAUGUAAAUGUAUUGUUAGUGUUACCUUUCCAUCUUAUUAGUAUACUUUAAUACCAAAACUGUAAAUAAUUGUAAAGAUAUUAUUGCAUUAACUAAAUUUUAUUACCAUUCGUUGUAAGGUUGUUCUUUCUUUGUUGUUUUGUUAAUAUUUAAUCUAUGCUGUUUUAAAUCAACUGAUUUUUUUAAAAUUACUAAACUUGUUUUUAAUUUAAAACCCAAUUGAGUUUAAAAAUAAAUCUUUUAUUCUGAGGUACCCUGGGUGAGAAUUAAAACAUGUAUUCAAAUAAAAAUAACUGUUUUUAUCUAAGUUCGUGUUAUCGUAAUCAAAUAAUUAUAUACAUUAUGAAUAAUCAGUUGAUUUAAAAUAUGGCAACAGUUCGCCAAGCAAGCAAUGCUCAUUCCACAUUAAACAAGGCAGUGUUCUUAAUGAUAUUGCAACUUGGCAACCUAUAAGAGGUUUUAGUUUCUACCUAGUAAUUUAAAAAUCUCAUUGUUUUAAUCAAGUAUGCAAUAUCAUUUCUCUCGGAGAACUCGGAUGCUUCAAUAGAUUUGUGAUACAUAUUCGUAGUCUUACGAUUUACAUAUUUAGGAUGAUUCAAGUUAAUAAAAUUACCUAAGUAUAUAGUUAUUUGGGGCCGGAUAUAAAUCUCUUUUCACAGUUUUCAACUAAAAAUUGUCUUUUAAUACCGAUUUUUUACCGUUUAGAAAGAAAUUAUUUUUAUUGCCGUAAAAAUCUAACUACCUACCUAGCGUUACUACACGGUCUUUUUAAAUAUCGAUAUUGUUUACGAAUUACGAUUUUAUAUUCGGCCUAGUAAAAAUCAAGGGUAUAUGUUUUGUCUAUGCCAAAGCAUCGCUAGAUUAAUCGUAUGCAUUUAUAGAUAUCUCACUAAUUAUAACUAGAUUUAAGUGAUUACAAGACUUAUUCCGUAGAUUGUAUUCAUUUGUGCUUGUCGUUGGAAUAAGUCUCGAUUGUGGCAACAUCACGGUAAAAUGUCUACGACCUGUAGAAAAGGACCUAAUACAACCAUAAAAGUUUAUUACAAACUGAGGAUUUCUAUACUAGUUUUAAACAAACUACUUAAAUACAUUACAAUUAGUAACAAUUUGCCCCAAAAACACCUCAGUAUGAGAAUAAUUAAAAUAACAUAUUUGGUUCCUAUCCUUGUUUUUAACAUGUAUUAGUAUGUCCAAUUUCAUUAGUGUUACACACACAUAAUGACAUUCAAUCCUCAAGUGGUGCCAUUAUCCAUUUAAUAAAUUUAAAAAACUCGAAUAAAACAGCUUACAUUAAUCCAAAGUUUAUUGCUGAUUCAUAAAUAGAAAUGACAUUAUGCAUCAAUAUUGAUUUAUGUUACUCCAAAAGCAAAAUACAUCUGCAGAUUUUUUUGACUAGAUUUAGCAUUACUUGAGUAAAAAUUAAAAAGCAUAUUUAAUGGUAGAUACAAUACUUUGUUCUUUUCUAAGCAUAUAGUAUAAGUUCCUUAUACAAGAAAAAUAUAUGCAUCAAAUAAUAAACUUACCUCUGAACGGUUGGUGUUAAGUCAGUUAAAACUAAGAAUGUUUUGUGUAUUUUUGUCUUUGGAGUGAGAUAAUUUCAGGGAAUGUAAGUGAUAGUGAUGUAAUGCAUAGUGUAAAUAUGCCAGACAAUAAAUUAUUAUUUAUCUGAUAUUAAA